CCUGUCGCCUAUAAGAAUUGACUAUGACUUCAUGUACUCGAUAAUUGAUGCGAUACCACUCGACGAUAGUAUCAGUCUACAUGGGCUCUUAUCCGCGCUAACCCACCAACCCUUUCACGUGACCGGCGUUCAGCAGCGGCAUCGCGCUCCGACGUCGGAUUUUGGCAUAUCAUCACCAAGCCUUGCAAGCCUUGCACAUUCCCUCACCACCUUCGUGGCACGCACCCGGGAUCAUGUUCUCUACCACCUCUGGGGCUGUGCGCGCAGGCGCCCGCCGAGUUGCUCGAUACCCUGCGUUCAUUGGCAUCGCUGCUCCGAGUUCAAACCAAUGCCUCUUUAUCUCCACCUCGACGACCAAGGCCGCUUCGUUCCGCCCUGCCACCCUUGGUAGCCAGCGUGUUGGCCAGCAGCGUCACGGCUACGCCACGACGACCAACCCGAACCCCCCGCUCGGCAAGAAGAAUGCCUCCAACGACGUCCCGUCUCGCAUUGGCUUGAUUGGCGCCCGAGGGUACACCGGCCAGGCCCUGAUCGACCUGCUCAACGACCAUCCCUUCAUGGACCUCCGCUACGUGUCUUCGCGAGAGCUCGCUGGCCAGAAGCUCGACUCCUACACCAAGCGCGACAUCACGUACGCAAACCUCGGCGUGGAAGAGGUGGCUCAGCUGGACAAGGAUGGCCAGGUUGACUGCUGGGUGAUGGCUCUGCCCAAUGGCGUGUGCAAACCAUACAUUGAGGCCCUCAACCAGGUCCGGGCGGAAACCGGCAAGAAAAGCCUCAUUGUCGACCUCUCGGCCGACUACCGAUUCGACGAGACGUGGACGUACGGUCUCCCCGAGCUUACCAAGCGCUCCGCGAUUGCCCAGUCCAAGAACAUUUCGAACCCGGGAUGUUUCGCGACCGGUGCCCAGCUGGCUCUCGCGCCUCUUCGCGGCCAUUGCCUCGAUGCCCAUGUCUUCGGCGUGAGUGGCUAUUCAGGUGCUGGAACCAAGCCAUCUCCCAAGAACGACCUCGACAACCUAAGGGGCGGCAUCAUCCCAUACAGUCUCACGGGCCAUAUCCAUGAGAAGGAGAUUAGCCAUCAUCUGGACAUCAAGACUGCGUUCCUGCCUCACGUGGCCGAAUGGUUCCGUGGCAUUCAUCUGACUGUCUCGAUUGACUUGAAUCAACAAAUGACAUCGCGCGACAUCCGCCAGAUCUACCAGGACCGCUAUGCUGGAGAGAAGCUUGUCAAGGUCUCAGGAGAGGCUCCUCUGGUGAGGAAGAUCUCUGGGCAACAUGGCUGUGAGCUUGGUGCCUUUUCCGUCGACAGCACCGGCAAGCGCGUGGUUAUUUGCGCUACGAUAGACAACCUCAACAAGGGAGCCAGUACUCAGUGUUUGCAAAACAUGAACCUUGCGCUGGGAUACGAUGAAUUCCAGGGCAUUCCCACGGUAUGAUAAUAUCGGGUAGAGUGUAUGGUAUGUUUAUACGGGAGAUAGUCACCUAGAAUAUACUUUCGAACCAUCCUUGCUUAGGUCGAUGUUACAUGUGGGAUGUGUGGCUUAGCUUCACUGUGAGCUUGUAGAGCUGAGCCAGUGUGAAUGUCUCCACACAGGGAUGAUACCCUUGUGUUCAGUGAGCUGUAGUGACCAUGUGAUGUUCAAUAUUAC